CCAGCGACGCCCGGCGGCCUCCCGAUCCGGCCCAUCACGCACCUGCGCAUCGGCGAGUUUGAGCUCAAGACGUGGUACCAGGCGCCGUUCCCGGACGAGUACACGCGCGUCGCCGACGGCCGCCUGUGGGUGUGCGAGUGGUGCCUCAAGUACAUGAAGAGCGGGUUCGAGGCCGAGCGGCAUCGGCUCAAGUGCAAGAUGCGGCAUCCGCCAGGCGACGAGAUCUACCGUGACGGCAAAGUGUCGGUCUUCGAGGUCGACGGUCGCAAGAGCAAGAUCUACUGCCAGAACCUGUGCCUCCUCGCCAAGCAGUUCCUCGACCAUAAGACGCUCUACUACGACGUCGAGCCGUUCCUGUUCUACGUCAUGACCGAGUCGUCGCCGCAAGGCGCCAAGUUUGUCGGCUACUUCAGCAAGGAGAAGCGCUCGCCGACCAACAACGUGAGCUGCAUCAUGACGCUCCCGGUCCGCCAACGCCGAGGGUGGGGCAACCUCCUCAUCGACUUUAGCUACCUCCUGUCGAAAAAGGAGGGUCGGGUCGGCACGCCCGAGCGCCCGCUCUCCGACCUCGGCCUCCUGUCGUACCGCAACUACUGGACGCUCACGCUCGCGCAAUAUUUCGCGGCGCUGCCG